UUGAUUAUUUUUAACCAAAAAAAGUCACGGAUUGCAGCUUUAAACAAUAUUAGUUUUUUUAACCUCAUCAUAUCUGAAAUAGACUGCAGACUGUCAUGCAUUAAACCAGAUGAUUAUUUGUGCUUCAGUCACAUCAGAGUCACCUAAACCAACCACAACAGCUUCAGAUCACAGCAGGAAACCAGCGACAGCAGAUACUGCAUCUAACAGACCCGUCACAUCUGUAUAUCCUUCAUCAUCAUCAACAUCAUCUUCAUCAUCAUCAUCUUCAGCGUUAUUGAUGCUCUCAUCGUCUAAUAAUGCAGCGUCAUCAAAACCAGAACCAGGUUUUGCCAUGAUGGUCAUGUUGAUGGUCGUAGGGAUCCUGACAGGGUUUGGAUUCUCACUGUUCAUGUACUUCAGAUGGAGACAAAAGAAAGAAGGAAAUCAGCCCAGAGAUGUUGUUCAAGGCCCGACUGAGCAUCUGCCCAACAGAGAUAAUGAACCAAACAGAGACGUCUCUCAUACUGUCUCUGAUUAUGAAAACAUCAGUGACACUCUUGAUCAUCUUGUCUACAGUUCAGUCCUUCCUGUAUUUGAUGAACACGACGCCUCUGUUUAUACUUUAGCACAAUUACCCAGCAGCCCCUCUGACAAUCUCACCUACUCAUCCAUCAUAUUUUCAGCUACACAUCACUCAGACAGGACUUCUGACGGGCAGGAAACAUGUGACUACGCCACUGUUAGACCAUAAAGACUAAAGGUUGAUUAAACUAGACGUCUUGGCACACUAUGAAAAAACGUCCACUGAGGAGCCAGAAUGAAAGUUUCUGCACGUCUGAUAUAGACAACAAAAAAGAUGUCUUAAAAAACUUUCAAUCCAGCUCCUCAGUGGAUGUCUUUUCAAAAAAUGUCAGUAGUAAUGAAAAGAUUUAUCUUAAACUCUGUCAUGAAAACUACCAGGAAUAAGCCUUAUUAAACAAUCUAAUAAUAUUAAAAAUGAAUUUAUACCUGUAUGACGUUUUUGAUGGGCUGUCACUUGGGCCCUGCAUGGGCAACCCAAGUUGGGCCCAUAGAAUUUUGUCCAUCAGCUCCACACAGGCCCCAUGUGUGUUAGCCCAUAGGGGCACAUGAUGGGUCCAAAGUGGGCUCUAAGUGGGGCUCAUUUGUGCGUUCAUUAUAGGGGCCCACAUGGGUCACAUAUGGGUUCUAGUAAAUGGGGCCAAUGUGGGCCACAUACAGAAACCUUACAGGGCCCAGAAGGGUGAUAACACUGGACCCACAAAUGGCCCCUCUAUGGGGUUUUUGUGGGACCACAGUGGGUGAGAACUGGGGCCCAUUUAUAUUUCUUUUUUAUUCCUGUAGGUGAAAUUAAUGUGCUUUAAUGUGCUCAUUUGCAAAAGAAAGUUAUGUUUUAGUAAACCUGUACCUGACUUAAUAUAAUUUAAAUUACAUGAGAAAAUAUUUGUACUGUGAAUAAAAUGACUUUCAACUCAGAAUUUGUAAACCACCUUUUUAUUGAUCAUAAGAAGAAAAAUAAAAGUACAAUAAAACAGGAUAAGAGCAUUGAAAAUUCUUCAGUCCAUCACUCCUGGGUUGGGGCAGACCCAUCAGCUUCAUAUCUAAAGAACAAUAAUGAGAGAAAAAACUGAAAAGGCAAUUAUUAAAAAAUACUAAUCAUUAACAGGAGCACUCUCUUAAAAAGCAUGCAUGAUUAUGAUCAAGCCAUGCCAGUACUUUAUAUUUCUGUCCAAAUAACUAAACUGACACGUAAAGGGAUAUCUACUACUAAAAGGAAUAUGAACGAGUUAAAGUUCAAAAUGAUGUGCCUGAUAUAACAGAAGUAUGACUUUACAAAAGCACAUUACAAAAACAACACAACAUAAAUAUAAGAUGAUAAAUAAAGCGGCAUUUAACAACUUUAACAUUAUUGAAAUUAAUUUAACUUUCAAAAGCUGUUUUUAUUAUACAUUACAACUGUUAACUUUUAACUAUUUUUGAAUACAAAGUAAUGUGCAUGUGUAUUAUUAUUAUUUUUUUUUUUUUAUGUAUUCAUAUCUUGUACCAUGUGUGUGUGGAAAUUGCUGCGUUAUGACUGUGGAACUUUUGUGGAUGUUUAAAAUUGUGCAAAAUCAUCUCGCACCCUGCUGAGGCCCUGUUAUAAAACAUACAAACAGUAUUAUUUGAAUUUAACGAUGUUUAUUUUGAUAUGUGAUGAUAAUUACAUGUGCCCCUAUGGGCUAACACACAUGAGGCCUGUGUGGAGCCGAUGGGCAAAAUUCUAUGGGCCCCACUUGGGUUGCCCAUGCAGGGCCCAAGUGACAGCCCAUCAAAAACCCACAUGAGGCCCACAUGCAUGUUGGCUGGGUAGAUUUUAGAUUAUAAGAUUUUUUUUUUAAAUUAUAUAUAUAUAUAUAUAUA